AUGCUCACCCUCCUUGCCACCCUCGCACUCACCGCCCCCGCCCUCGCUGGCGAAAUCCAGUGGGCGCAGAUGACCGGCCGUUCCGGCUUCCUCGCCGUUGGCACCUCGCGCAUUGACGGCAACGGUACCGCGUACAUCGACAACGGUGCCCCGGUCUUCGUCUCGGGCGACUACCUUCGCUACGUCAACAUCGACUGGGACUACAAGUACGGCCAGGCGGGCCUGAUCAAGAUGAAGAUGAGCUCGGGCGACAAGUGUCUCGAUGCGGGAUUGACGCCCGGUAACGGCACCCCACUCAAAGUGUGGGACUGCUAUGAGGGGUACGACGCGCAAAACUUCAAGGUGCACGACAGCCGCAUCGAGCUCGUCGGAAAGGUUGCCUUGAGCUAG